AGGGAGUUCCCUCUCCCUUCUCCCCCUGUCCAUCGUUACGGAAGCGGGAGAGCAGGGGGUGGGGGAAGGGCUCUCUGGCAGACUCUGCUCCUUUCGGACAACCCCACUGGUACCUGUUGGUCAGGGACAGGGACCCAGGGGCUCAGUGCGUUCGGGCCGGAGCGCCUGGCUGCAGGGCAGGGCCCGGGCUGAGGUUGGCUUCCACUGGGGGGCUGGUGCGCUACUCCCCCCCCCCCCACCACACCCCGCCUGCUGUCCUGGUGGUGCCUGGUCUCGCUCGCCGCUCCCCACCGAAGGUGCCUGGCUAAUACACCUCUGAAAAGCAGGAGGGGCCGUUUCCUUAUUCCAGCCCAGUGACUGCCAGCGAGGGGAAGCGCUGGAGCUCCCCAGCACCUGCCCGCCCGUGGAGCCGGUUUUACACUGGGAGCUGGGAGUGUCUGCUUGGGUGUUUGGCUUUGGGGUUUUGGAGCAGUGCAAGAGGGAUAUUCUGCCCCCGGGCUAGAGCUGGGAAUACACCAGGAGAGAGAGAAUCCAAGCGCUAUCCCAUCGCCUCGUUAUUUUUCGUGUGAACGUCCGGCAACAUUUACUCCAUCCUGCUGCACCUGGUACCUGCUCAGAUCAUGUCAGCUAAGCUGCUGGUGCUUUUCUUCCUCCUGGCAGUGUUUCAAGCCUGUUCCAGAAAGGUUGAAGAGGAUGAAUAUGAAGAUGUAACAGGCAACCAGAAAUGGGUAUUAGCUCCAAAAACGCAAGACACAGAUGCGACUCUCAUAUUAAACAAGUUGCUGAGGGAAUACGACAAAAAGCUACGGCCAGACAUUGGAAUAAAACCAACAGUUAUUGAUGUUGACAUUUAUGUUAACAGCAUUGGCCCAGUGUCAUCAAUAAAUAUGGAAUACCAAAUUGAUAUAUUUUUUGCUCAGACAUGGACAGACAGCCGCCUUCGUUUCAACAGCACCAUGAAAAUACUGACUCUAAACAGCAAUAUGGUUGGAUUGAUAUGGAUACCAGACACUAUCUUCCGAAAUUCUAAAACAGCAGAAGCUCAUUGGAUCACUACACCCAAUCAGCUUCUGAGAAUAUGGAAUGAUGGGAAAAUCUUGUAUACUUUAAGACUCACCAUCAAUGCAGAAUGCCAGCUGCAGCUACAUAAUUUCCCAAUGGAUGAACAUUCUUGCCCGUUGAUAUUCUCUAGUUAUGGCUAUCCUAAAGAAGAAAUGAUUUACAGAUGGAGGAAAAACUCAGUAGAGGCCGCAGACCAGAAAUCUUGGAGACUCUAUCAGUUUGACUUCAUGGGUCUCAGAAAUACUUCAGAAAUUGUGAAAACCUCUGCAGGUGAUUACAUAGUCAUGACUAUAUACUUUGAUUUAAGUAGAAGAAUGGGAUACUUCACUAUUCAAACAUACAUACCCUGCAUCUUAACAGUUGUGUUAUCCUGGGUAUCCUUCUGGAUUAAAAAAGAUGCUACACCAGCAAGAACAGCACUAGGUAUUACCACUGUAUUGACCAUGACAACAUUGAGUACCAUUGCAAGAAAGUCUUUACCCCGUGUCUCCUACGUCACUGCCAUGGAUCUGUUUGUGACUGUAUGCUUUUUAUUUGUCUUUGCUGCUCUGAUGGAGUAUGCAACCCUCAACUACUACUCAAGCUGCAAGAAGCCAAACUGUACCAAGAAGAAAAAGUCGCUACCUGAUGUCAGUUUUGGUCACAUGAUGAACUAUUCUGUACUUGAUAUAAGACCGCCGCCUACAGUCAUCACAUUGAACAAUGCCAUGUACUGGCAAGAAUUUGAAGACACUUGUGUCUAUGAGUGUCUGGAUGGGAAGGACUGCCAGAGCUUUUUCUGCUGUUAUGAAGAAUGUAAAUCUGGCUCAUGGAGGAGAGGACGGAUUCACAUAGACAUCUUAGAACUGGACUCCUAUUCCAGGGUCUUUUUUCCAACAUCGUUCCUGCUGUUUAACCUGGUCUACUGGGUUGGAUACCUCUAUCUUUAAGUGUUGCCGGUAGUGGUGAAGACUGCUGUGUUUUCACACUUCUUGGGAUAGUGAACAUGAAAAAGUGAAGGAGGACAUGGUCAGUUUCAUCUCAAAUUAUAGAGGCCACGUUACCUUUUAUCAUCACAGAAAUCAAUGAAGGAUUUUAAUAUGUAGUUGCCUGAAAAAGAAAAACCUUGAAGAAUUCCCCUGACUGCUAUUCAUUUUAAAUACAAGAUUCUUACUAAAUUCAGCUGAA